AUGGGGGGCAAGUCUGCUACCAAGGCCGCUUACUUCGAGAAGCUCAAGGCCCUUCUCGAUGAGUACAAGACCGUCUUCAUUGUCGGUGUCGACAAUGUCAGCUCCCAGCAGAUGCACGAGAUCCGUGUCUCUCUGCGUGGUGAGGGUGUCGUCCUGAUGGGUAAGAACACCAUGGUCCGCCGUGCCAUCAAGGGCUUCGUCACCGACAACCCGGAGUACGAGCGCCUGCUCCCCUUCGUUAAGGGUAACGUCGGUUUCAUCUUCACCAACGGUGACCUCAAGUCCACCAAGGAGAAGAUCCUGGCCAACCGUGUCGCUGCUCCCGCUCGUGCCGGUGCCGUUGCCCCCGCUGAUGUCUGGAUUCCCGCUGGUAACACCGGUAUGGAACCCGGUAAGACCUCUUUCUUCCAGGCUCUCGGUGUCCCCACCAAGAUUGCUCGUGGUACCAUUGAAAUCACCACCGAUCUGAAGCUCGUUGAGGCUGGUGCCAAGGUCGGCCCCUCCGAGGCCACCCUGUUGAACAUGCUCAACAUCUCUCCCUUCACCUACGGUAUGACCAUCUCCCAGGUCUACGACCAGGGUCAGACCUUCGGUGCCGAGGUUCUCGACAUCGAGGAGUCCCAGCUCCUCGAUGCCUUCAGCGCUGCCAUCAAGACCAUCACCAGCAUCUCUUUGGCCGCUAACUUCCCCACCCUUCCCUCUGUCGUCCACUCCGUGGUCAACAGCUACAAGAAGGUUCUCGCUGUUGCCAUCGAGACUGAGAUCUCCUGGCCCGAGAUUGAGGAGCUCAAGGACCGUAUCGCCAACCCUGACGCUUACGCUUCUGCCGCUCCCGCUGCCGCCGCUGCCCCUGCUGGCGGUGAUGCCCCCGCUGCCGAGGCCGCUGCCGAGGAGGCUGAGGAGUCUGACGAGGACAUGGGCUUCGGUCUUUUCGACUAA